AUGAAGCUGAAGCUUGUGCCUAUAAUAUGUGCACUCAUAGUGGUACCAACUUUUGCUAAAGAGACUUUUUUAAAUGGUGAAUCUAUUCAACCUUCAUUAAUGACCAACUCCGUUAAAAUGGCAAAUGGUGAAGAUAUUUUCGAAGAUGAUAAAUGUCCUCCAUGCUUCAAUUGUAUGCUACCAGCAUUUGAAUGUAAACAGUUUUCUAAAUGUAAUGAAUUCAAUGGUCAAUGUGAAUGUAUUGAUGGGUUUGGAGGUCAAGAUUGUUCUGAACCUUUAUGUGGUGGGUUAACUAAUGACGAUUCAAAUAAUGAUCAUAGACCAAUUAGAAAAGGUGAUAGUUGUGAUUGUGAAGAUGGUUGGGGUGGUAUUAACUGUAAUGUUUGUCAACAAGAUUCUGUUUGUGAUGCAUUCAUGCCUGAAGGUUUAUCUGGUACUUGUUAUAAAAAUGGUAUGCUAGUUAAUAAAUUUCAUCAAAUGUGUGAUGUUACAAAUAAGAAAAUUGUGGAAAUUUUGAAUGGUAAAAAACCUCAAGUUACUUUUAGUUGUGAUAAAUCUAAAAAUCAAUGUAAUUUCCAAUUUUGGAUUGCUGAAAUGGAAAGUUUUUAUUGUGAUUUAUCCACUUGUGAUUAUCAAUUUGAUUUAAAUUCAAAUUCUUCACAUUAUAAAUGUAAAGAUGUUGCUUGUAAAUGUGUUCCUGGAAGAAUGUUAUGUGGUGAAAAAGGUUCAAUUGAUAUUUCUGAUUUCUUAACUGAAACUAUUCAAGGUCCAGGUGAUUUUUCAUGUGAUUUAAAGGAUAAGAAUUGUAAAUUUUCUGAACCAAGUAUGGAUGAUUUAAUUUUAUCAGUUUUCGGUGAUAAUCAUAUCACUUUACAUUGUGAAUCUGGUGAAUGUAUUCACUAUAGUGAAAUUCCAGGUUAUGAUAUACCUAAAAAACCAACUUUCACUUUACAAAAUUUAUUCACUAUAAUUACUGUUAUUAUUGGUGUUGUUGCACUUAUAGUUGCAUCUAUUUUAGCUAUAAGGAAAUCUCCAUUAUUUACAACUGGUAAAAUUUCAUUAGAUGAUUCAUCUUCAACAAAUGGAAAUGAUGAAGAUGAUGAUGAACAAGAUGAUUUAUUGAAUUACACACCUGUUACUUUAACUUUUGAAAAUGUUUCAUAUUCUGUUGGUUCAAGAUCUAUUGUAAAUAAUGUUUCUGGUAUUGUUAAACCUGGUGAAAUGCUUGCCAUUAUGGGUGGUUCAGGUGCAGGUAAAACAACUUUAUUAGAUAUUUUAGCUCAAAAAAAUAAAAAUGGUACUGUUUCAGGUGAUAUUAAAGUUAAUGGUAAUCUUGUUUCUAAAAAUGAUUUGAAAAAAAUUAUUGGAUUUGUUGAUCAAGAAGAUUAUUUAUUAUCAACUUUAACAGUUUAUGAAACUGUUUUGAAUAGUGCAUUACUAAGAUUACCAAGAGAUAUGAGUUUCAAGGCAAAAGAACGUAAAGUUUAUGAAGUUUUAAAAGAAUUAAGAAUUUUAAAUAUUAAAGAUAGAACAAUUGGAUCUGAUUUUGAAAGAGGUAUUUCAGGUGGUGAAAAAAGAAGAGUUUCAAUUGCUUGUGAAUUAGUCACUUCACCAAGUGUUUUAUUCUUGGAUGAACCAACAUCUGGGUUAGAUGCAAAUAAUGCAAGUAAUGUUAUUGAAUGUCUUGUUAGAUUAACUAAAAAAUACCAAAGAACUUUAGUGUUCACAAUUCAUCAACCAAGAUCUAAUAUUGUUUCCUUAUUUGAUAAAUUGGUAUUAUUAGCAAAUGGUGAAUUGAUUUAUUCUGGUGAUAUGAUUCAAUGUAAUGAAUUUUUCUAUAAUAAUGGUUAUAAAUGUCCAAAGGGUUAUAAUAUUGCAGAUUAUUUAAUUGAUAUUACAUUCAAUGAAAAACAUCGUCAUUCAAGACGAGAACAGUUCCAAAUUCCUGGUAUUGAUGAAGAAAAUGCUGAUUUCGAAGAUGAAGCUGAGGAAGACAUUCAUCGUCCAACAAGAUCAAGUAGCAAUACAAGUGAUGCACAAAGAGAAUGGGAACAUUUUGCAGUUCAUAGAGAUGAAGCCGGUUUUAAUAAGGCAGAUUCACAAAAACCACAUACAGAACCUCGUAAAAAAUCUAAAAUUUAUGAAAUUUUUAAAAAUUCAACAAAUUUUGAAAUGUUAAAAAAUGAUAUUGAAACUUCAAUUGCUGAAGGUGAUGAAAUAGUUUUCAAAGGUAAUUAUAAAACUGCAACAUUUACUAGUCAAUUGGUUAUUUUAUCUUCGAGAACAUUUAAAAAUCUUUAUAGAAGUCCAAAACUUUUAUUAGGUUCAUAUUUACUUUCCAUUUUCAUGGGAUUUUUCUGUGGAUUUUUAUAUUACAAUAUUGAUAAUGAUAUAAGUGGAUUUCAAAAUAGAUUAGGUUUAUUUUUUUUCUUUUUAUCAUUUUUUGGAUUUUCAACAUUAACUGGAUUACAUUCAUUUUCAAUAGAAAGAAUUAUUUUUUUGAAAGAACGUUCAAAUAAUUAUUAUCAUCCAUUAAGUUAUUAUAUUACCAAAAUAAUUUGUGAUGUUUUACCAUUAAGAAUUUUCCCACCAAUAAUUUUAACAAGUAUUGCAUAUCCAUUAAUUGGAUUAAAUUUAGAAAAUAAUGGAUUUAUUAAAUGUCUUUUAAUUUUGGUCUUAUUUAAUUUAACAGUUUCUGUGGAAAUUUUGAUCAUUGGUAUAUUAGUUAAAGAUUCAAGCAAUGCCACUAUGAUCGGUGUCUUGACGUUGUUAUUUUCACUAUUAUUCUCUGGGUUAUUUAUAAAUAAAGAUAGUUUAAAAUUUGGAUUUUUACAAUAUUUAAGUAUGUUCCAUUAUGGGUAUGAAGCAUUAGCUGUUAAUGAAGUUAAAAGUUUAAUUUUAAGAGAGAAAAAAUACGGAUUAUCAAUUGAAAUUCCAGGUGCAACUAUUUUAAGUACUUUUGGAUUUGAUGUUGGUGGAUUAUUUAAAGAUGUUAUAUUUUUAGCUUUAUGGAAUAUUUUCUUUUUAAUCUUAGGUUAUUUAUCAUUAUAUUUCUAUGUUGUUGAACAAAGAUGA